AUGGCAUAUCCUCUCCAACUAGGCUUCCAAGAUGCAACAUCACCUAUCAUAGAAGAACUUCUACAUUUCCAUGAUCACACAUUAAUAAUUGUUUUCUUAAUUAGCUCCUUAGUUCUCUACAUCAUUACCCUAAUACUCACAACUAAGUUAACACAUACCAGCACCAUAGAUGCCCAAGAAGUAGAAACUAUCUGAACUAUCCUUCCAGCCAUCAUCCUAAUCUUAAUUGCCUUGCCCUCUCUACGAAUCCUUUACAUAAUAGAUGAAGUUAAUAACCCCUCCCUCACCGUAAAAACAAUAGGUCACCAAUGAUAUUGAAGCUACGAGUAUACUGACUACGAAGACCUAAACUUCGACUCCUACAUAAUCCCAACAUCAGACCUAAAACCAGGAGAAUUACGACUACUAGAAGUAGAUAACCGAGUAGUCCUACCCAUAGAAAUAACAAUCCGAAUAUUAGUCUCCUCAGAAGACGUACUACACUCAUGGGCCGUACCUUCCCUGGGCUUAAAAACAGAUGCAAUCCCAGGACGCCUAAACCAAACAACCUUAAUAUCAACACGACCUGGCCUAUUCUACGGACAAUGUUCAGAAAUUUGUGGCUCAAAUCACAGUUUUAUACCAAUUGUCCUGGAAUUAGUACCCCUAGAAAACUUUGAAAAAUGAUCUACAUCAAUACUAUAA